AUGUGCUACUAUGCUGGCCUCAGUGCUCUCCCCAUCACACGGUUCCUCGCCCCCAUGGGAUACGACGCCGUCUGGAUCGACUGGGAACACACUUCCUGCAACGUCGAGACCAUGACGUCGAUGGUCCACGAAGCCAUCUUCAUGAGCCAAGGACGCACCAUCCCCUGGGUUCGUGUUCCUGGCCACGACCACGCCGCCAUCGGCUACGCGCUCGACGCCGGCGCCAGUAUCGUCAUCCCGCAGGUCGAGACGGUGGAGGAGGCCAAGCACGUCUUGUCGUCGGCCAAGUUCGGCACCAAGCAGCGGGGCACGCGAUCGGCGCCGCCGUUCCGCCUCAUCCCCUUCCUGACGGACACGCCGUACGACCCCAGCCGCGACGUCCACAAGUGCCUCAACGACCAGGCGGCCAUCAUGAUCCAGAUCGAGUCGGCCGAGGGCGUGCGCAACCUCGACGCGAUCCUGACCGAGUGCCCGGACAUCGACGUCGUCUGGUUCGGCACGCUCGACUGCCGCGUCAGCAUGAACCUCGAGGCCAAGAUGGGCGGCAUGGGCGCCGACGAGCCCGAGUGGCUCGAGAUCUCGAAGCUGUUCUUCGACACCAUUGACAAGCACGACAAGCCGUACGCCGGUUUUGCCUUUUGCGCGCCGCCCUACGGCAGCCCCGAGAAGCUCCGGGAGGCGGCCAAGAGGAUGAGUCUCAUCACCAUGUCGGCCGACGUGCUCCACCUCGGCGCCAUGGCGCAGGACCUCAUGACUGCCAAGGAGGCGGUCGGCCCGGUAGGGCAGAAGAACGGCACCAACGGUAAGGAGUGA